AUGUGUGAAGGAUCCCAGUUGACGGAGGAGCCCACUGUGACUGUUGACGCGAAAACAUCAAAGAGGAAAUGGCAUCCAACUGAAGAUAUCGUUUUGAUCUCGGCAUGGCUGAACACAAGCAAGGAUCCUGUCAUCGGAAAUGACCAGAAAGCCGGUGCAUUUUGGGGUCGCAUCAGUCUGUACUUCAACAACAGUCCGCAGUUAGCUGAUUUUCCGGAACGUUCAAGCACUGUUUGCAAGCAACGGUGGGGCCGUAUCAAUGACCAGACUUGCAAAUUUGUCGGGUGCUACGAUGCAGCCAUUAAACAGCAAAGCUCUGGUCAAAAUGAUAACGAUCUGAUGAAGGCUGCUCAUCAGAUAUUUGUUAGUGAUCACGGCUUUAAGUUCGGACUUGAACAUUGCUGGCGUGAACUCAGGCACGACCAGAAGUGGUCGUCAGUAUCCGCGGUGAAAGAGAGCGAGGUCAAAAAAAGGAAGAUCAAGUCACCGACUGCAACAUCGCCACAUGAAGUUGAUGCUGAGGAGUCACCAGAGAGUCGGCCCACGGGUGUGAAGGCAGCGAAGAAGGCUUUGGCAAGCAAUGGCAAGGGUAAAAAGGGUGCUCAAUCCGAUGAAGAUGACGGGCAGACGGAGAUGAACUAG